AUGCAGAUCCUCAGCACCAUGCUCAUCGCCGCCGCGGGCGUCAUGUCGGCCGCCGUCGACCACAGCGUGGUCGCCAAGGUCACGCUCCAGUCGCGUGCUGACGGACAACCAAUGAGCUUCUCCAACGUCAUCAUCAACUCGGCCGCCUACACUGUCUUUUUGAGUUCAGACAUCCGCUACCCUGCCGGAACCCAGCCUUCCAGCAACCAGAAGACAGCCACGCCCAACGUCUCGAACAACAUUGCGGCGACCUCCACCCAGUCGGACGAGGACCCCAACAUUGUCUAUGUGCUUCAAUGCACCAAAGCUGGUUUCCGUGACGACUGCACCGUCUUUGGCGCUCCUUACGGCCAAUGCGUCUCCUACUGGGACUUCAAUUCUCAGGGCAAGGAGGAUAUUAGCGACCGCUUCAACGACAAGGUCACCGCAUUAUCCACCAACACCGGCGGCGUCUGCCAGUUCUACAGGGACACGGGUUGCGACGAGUCUGGUAACGACCGUGGCUUUUCCACGUCCUACAACACGAACCUGGCUGUUGCUACCCCCGAGGACUCUCGUACUGUCUUGUACGAGAAAAAGAUCAGCUCUUGGAGGUGCUAGAUUUACGGUUUUGAGUUGACGAUUACGAAGGAAUGGCUUGAGCGAAUGGUGACAAUCCCUAGACUCUUAGA